AUUUUAUUUACUAACCCAAUAACACACUCACGUGUUAUUUGACUUAAAUCGAAUAUAAUAUAUUUAUAAAUUGAAUAUAUUAUAAUACUAUAGUUACUAUAAUCAAUUACUAACUAACUAAUUACAACAUGGGCAAGCAAAAAAAAACGAGAAAAAUCGUCGAAAAAAGAUUUGCACAAAUGAAAAAGAUUAUUAGUCCAAGUGAUAAUAGAAUAAAAGCUAGUGAGAGAGCGGACCCGAGAAAAAAAAAGAAAAUUGAUCCACAUGAGGUUAAGAUUCGUGAAGUACCGCAAGCGAGUUCUGCUUUAUUUUUUCAAUACAACACCCAAUUGGGACCUCCGUAUCACAUUUUAAUUGAUACAAAUUUCAUAAAUUUCUCUAUAAAGAACAAAUUAGAUGUUAUACAGAAUAUGAUGGAUUGUUUAUAUGCUAAAUGUAUUCCAUAUGUAACGGACUGUGUUCUAGGGGAGUUGGAAAAGCUCGGUCGUAAAUACAGAGUUGCCCUAAGAAUUAUAAAAGAUCCACGAUUCGAAAGACUUGCUUGCUUACAUAAAGGUACAUAUGCUGAUGAUUGCAUAGUGCAAAGAGUAACACAACAUAAAUGUUAUAUUGUCGCAACUAAUGAUAAAGACUUAAAGAGGAGAAUACGAAAAAUACCAGGCGUGCCUAUUAUGUAUGUCGCUGAACAUAAGUACACUAUAGAAAGAAUGCCCGAUGCCUAUGGGGCUCCUAAAGGUGCAGUAUAGUAAAUAAGUCAAUAAAAUGUUAUUCUAUA